AUGGUUCAAAACCUUCACAUUUUUUUCUUAAUAUUUUUUUUCUCGUGUUUUUAUACUGUUGACCUCCUGUCACAACAUCCUAUUAUUUUAAUCGUUUCUUAUGACGGUUUUCGUUAUGAUUACUUAUCUAAGGGUGUAAACCCAACACUUUCAAAAAUCAAAGAAUCUGGAACAUAUGCUGAAUAUUUGGAUAAUGUUUUUGUUACUAAAACUUUUCCAAAUCAUCAUUCAAUAGCAACUGGAGUUUACCCAGAAUUUCAUGGUGUUUUGGGUAAUAAUUUGUAUGACAGCUUGCAUAAGAAAGAACUUACUUAUGGUUAUGAAUUAUGGCACUACUCAAAUGACAUUCUUCCUAUAUGGAUUGCGAAUGAAAAAAAAGGAGGAAAGCGACAUUCAGGCAUUAUGAUGUGGCCUGGUAACGAGUUUGAAUAUUCAGGUGUCAAACCGACUUAUUUUAAAGCCUGGAAUUAUAAUGUUACAUGGGAAAAAAGAAUAGAUGAAGUAAUGGAGUGGAUAUUAAAUCCACAAAAACCAGCAAAUUUAAUAAUGUUGUAUAUCGAAGAACCUGAUUAUCAUGGUCACAGUUUUGGAAUUGAUUCUUCCAAAUUUAUCGAUGAGUUAAAACUCAUGGAUGAAAUUACAAAAUAUUUAUUAGAAAAGCUAAAAAGUAAUAAAUUAACCGAGCAUGUAAAUGUUUUUUUCUUAUCCGAUCAUGGAAUGAUUUCUUCGACUAAAAAAGAUGUCAUCGAUUUAAGAAAUUUUGUAUCCAGUGAUUAUUAUGACAUAUAUGAAACAUCUCCUGGAUUACACAUUUAUCCGAAACCUGGAAAAGCCAACAUUGUGUAUAACGCAUUAAAAGACGCCGUUAAAAACGGUUCAAAUUUUCAAGUAUUUAAAACGACAGAAAUACCAAAUCACUGGCAUUUUAAAAACAAUAGAAGAGCUCCACCGAUAUUUGCUCUUGCAAAUCCCCCCCACGUUUUUCAUGAUUUUUAUUCAUACACCAAAGGAAUUGAAAAAAAAUGGAAUUUUACUGCUAACGAUAACACUCCGUUUGGUAUUCACGGUUACGAUAACAGUCACAAGGAAAUGAAACCUUAUUUUAUCGCCAUAGGACCUGAUAUAAAAAAACAAUAUGAAAUCAAACCGUUUAAAACAUUGGAUUUGUUUUCAUUGUGGGCUUUCAUGUCCGGGUUUCCCGAAUAUGCGGAAAAAACAAACGGAAGUUUAAACAUCGUUUCGAAAAUGUUAAAAAAUCCUCAAUCGAGUCGUUACACUUCCCAAAGUAAGUCAUACUUGAACAUAUUUUAA